AUGUCUGGUCUUUUCUCUCGUAUGCCAAAGUAUGAUGCAACUUUUAAAAUGAGAUUGUUAAAUGAUAAUUUUCGGAGGAUGGAAACUUUGAAAUUAUACAAGGAAGUUUUAAAGUUUUCAAAAUUAUUUACUUGGCAAGAUGAAAGUGGAGUAAUGUGGGGAGAUAUGAUAAAACUUUCUGCAAGACAAGAAAUUGAAUCAUCAAAGGAGGAGAAAGAUCCACAAAUUCUAGCACAAGCAUUGGUAAAUGCUAGAAUGGCUCUUGAUGAAAUACAAGAAAAAUACCACCAACAACAAUUAAAAGUACAACAACAGUUUACUAAUCAUAUUAAUAAUACAAGAACCGAUGCUUCUUCAAGACCAAGAACACCUAUAGAAAUAAUGCAAGAACGUGAAAUGAUGAAGAAAAUGGGAUUUGAUCCAAACAUGAGCCGACACCAUACAGACUACACAAACAUUCCGAUUGAUACCACUUCAAAUAAUAUUCCUAUUUUAACACCUAAUGGUUUGUGGAAGGAAGAAAAAAAAUAA